AUGAAAAAGAAGUUUCUGCCUCUGCUUCUUUGCCUUGUUUCUUUUCAUGAAGCCAUUGUUGUUUUUGUGGUGAGGCCCUGGAGUGAGGAGAACAAAAGAAUGAGUUUGUCAAAGAAAAUGUUAAUAGCUCUCGGUGUUGCUUGUUCUUCAUUGGGUGUAAUUAUCUCUUCGUUGUUUGGUUUAUGGAUUUGUUACAAAAAGGAUUCACUUGAACCCGUAAAAAAUAAUGCCAACAACUCAGUCUAUGAGGAUGCUUCCAAGGAGGGUUUUGCUUCAUUUAUAGAUUACAAGGUACUUGCAGAAGCUACCAACAAGUUUCAUCAAAGUAAUAUUCUGGGAAUUGGUGGAUUUGGAUGUGUUUACAAAGCUCAAUUCAUUGAUGGUUCUUAUGCUGCUGUCAAGAAGUUGGGAUGUUCAAGUCAUGAUGCAGAACAAGCGAAUGAGGUGGAUUCGCUUUCUAAGUUCAAGCAUUUAAACAUAAUUUCAUUGUUGGAUCUCAGCAGUUACAGUGAGACAAGGUUUACUGUCUAUGAAUUGAUGCAAAAUGGUUAUUUGGAAACUCAAUUACAUGGUAAGAGAACUAAGAAGCUCUCUUCUUUUAAUCUCUCACAAAGAUCACAGAAAUGUGAAAAUUUUGUUUUGCUUCAAGACCUUCCCAUUUUUCGCAGUAGGCGUCGACCAAAGUGUCACGGACUUACCUUUUCAACUAGGUUUGCAAUCCCUGCGGCACCUGAAAAGGGAAUCUUCCCAAGUCAAGUCAGCCUCAAUCAUCAAUGA